AUGUUUGUUAGAAGCUCACCUUUCGAAUGUGGUCGUAUAGCACUCACUAUUGCUUUCUCCCUCAUUGGAUUAGGCCUCAAUGCCUACUUCCUCUCGUUGACGGCGCCAUAUGAUUUCUAUUACAUCUUCACUGCUUUGGACACUGCGACCGCGGUCUUGACAAUUGUUACCAUUCCAAUCAUGUUGAUCGUCGAUUUUACACGACGUGGAGCGUUCACUUCCAUGAUUGUAUUUGAACUCUCAUGGCUCUUCAUCCUUGCGAUUCUGUGGGUUGCCACUGCCGGCGAAACUGUCGCCGCCUCCAACUAUUACUACCCUCGAGGUUGUGUUGAUUCAGAUCCUACCUUCAACACGUAUUGCAUAGAGAUGCAGGUAAUGGAGGCUUUUGCAUUUCUCAACUUCUUCAUAUUCUUGGGUUACACUUGUGUGCUGCUAGUGUUUUCCAUCAUUGGAUCCAGUCACGGAAACAGUGUAUGGACGCGUUCUGUUAAAGAGGCCACGUUCUUUGCACAAAAGUCACAGCAGGUUCCUCUGGAUCAGUACUCUGGCGCUCCUCCUACGGGGUACACUGCUGUUUCGCAGCCUCAGCAGCUAGGCACCUAUGGUACUCAAAGUGGCACGCCUGCCCAUAUGCAACCCCAGCAAUUCCAGCCGGUGUAUUCUGGCCAGCCACAGGGAAUUCCUGUUUGA